UGACGAUUGACUCAUGCUACAGUUAACGCAUGAAAUCUUCACUUCGUCUCCCAUUCGACCAGAUCUUCUUUCCUGUCUUCAUAUAAACACAUUCGUUCCGUUUGCCACGUACCCUGUUUCUGUCGGCGCUUGUAUUCCCCUACGUUACACAAGUCACCAUCAUUGAGCUCGUGCCCCUCCCAAACCCAACGCACUCUCGACUUUACCCCUCCGCCUCUCAUUUUUUUUUGGAACGAACAUCAUCGUACGCAUAUUAACAACACCACCUCACUUGCUACUCACACCAACAUGCCAUCCCAACCGAGAGUCCACCUCGUCCGCCACGCCCAGGGAUAUCACAACCUCGGCAGCGAAUUCCAUUCUCUCCCGGACCCCAAACUCACGCCCCUGGGUGAAUCCCAAUGCGCCGACCUCCAACGAACCCACUUCCCGCCGUCCUCGCAGUCCAACAUCUCCCUGGUCGCGGCCUCACCCCUCUCUCGCACCCUGCACACGGCGUACCUCACCUUCUCACCGGCCUUGGACAACGGCAAGUGCCCCCCUCUGAUCCUCGCCGUCCCCGACGCGCAAGAGACGUCCGACUUCCCGUGCGACACGGGCUCCGACCCGGACGUCCUCCGGGCCCGGUGCGCCGGGCACUCCUGGCCGGUCGACCUCUCCCUCGUCGGGGAGGGUUGGAACGUCAAGACCCUCGACAACCGUUACUCACCCGCCAGCGGCGCCAUCGCCCUCCGCGCCCGCGACACCCGGCGUCUCCUGCGGCAAAAGGCGCGGGAGUUGUCGGCCGGCGGCGACCAGGACGUCGAGAUCGUGCUCGUCGCCCACGGCGGUUACCUCCACUACAUCACCGACGACUGGGAGGAGGCCGACAAGCUGUCCGGCACGGGGUGGGAGAAUUGCGAGUUCCGGACCUACACCUUCGAGUCCGAUUUCGCCUCGGACGGUGACGAGGACGCCUUUUUCACGGAGACGGUGGACUCGCGGCGCCGCCGGGGCAAGACGGAACCCCAGUUCGACCACCACACCCAAAAACGACUGUUUGAGCGGAUGAUGCAGGGCUGGGAGGACCAAGGUCUCCAACGGCCCGACAAGUUGGGCCCCGAGGACGAAGCCAGUCAACCCCUGGACGGCGGCGACGACGGCGACGGGCGGUCGACCGGCCAGGAGCCCGCCGCGAAGAACAUGACUGUGAACAAAGCCACGGGUGAGGUCGAGGUCGUUGCGUAGACGACACGACCCGCUACUGUUGUCAAGAAGGAUAACAGGGGAAAGAAUUUAAGAAAACCCAGUAGAGAAAAAAAAACACCCCCCAGACGACACAGACACACAUACAGACAUGCAACGUCGGAGCACCACAAAGCCGAAUGACGAAAACGACAAGGGCGUUGAAAGGAACAAACAGGAGAGCAUUGGAAUUUGGGUUUGGACAUUGGGAUGUUGAAACGGUUGGAAAACAGGCAUACAAGGUUGACCACCCAGGUAGGUUACCUACACCUCAGGUAGAUCAAAGGGGGCGGGCCGUUCUUUCCAUUCGCACAAAACGAGACCUUUUGGAAAGGGGAAGAAACGACCAGAUAUAUAAUUUAUAGAUAGAAAUCUAGAAGAUUGUUUCAGCCAAACAAAAA